CUAGUGCUCCAAACGUCAUUUCGACGAAUAUGGUUUUGUGAUUUUAAAAGAUAAAUUUACGUAUAAUUUUUUAUUUUGUAUUGAUCGUGAUUCACGUUAUUGGAGAUAUCUAGAAACGAUAACGCGGAAAUCGUACGAACUGGAUUACGUGUCUGUGGAAUGUUGGGUGAUCAUCGGGCGGGGAUUUUUCUUUUUCGUUUAGGAUAGUUGGCAAAACUGGCAAUAACAGCAACCAGCUCAGGUUAUGGUAGGCAAAUUGCGGACCCGAAAAUAAUGAAAACGAACGGUUUUAAUGCGGUUUAAAAGUGCGUGAUCGGUGUGGUUCGGUUACGAUGAAGACGAAAUCGUCGAAAAGAGUCGCCGGGAUAAUCAUCCGUGGCCGGAAAUCUAUCGUCAAGGACUCGGUGGUUACUACCUCUGGUUUUGGUUUACCCAGCUUAUAUCACGCCCUUGUAGUAAUAUUCUUGGAAUUUUUCGCAUGGGGAUUACUAACGAUGCCGGUUAUUUCUGUCCUAAACACAACAUUUCCUGAUCACACGUUUUUAAUGAACGGCUUGGUGAUGGGGAUAAAAGGAAUUCUAUCGUUUUUAAGCGCCCCGUUAGUUGGGGCCCUUUCGGACGUCUGCGGACGCAAAUUGUUCCUUUUGAUUACCGUAUUCUUCACGUGCCUGCCAAUUCCGCUAAUGACGAUCAACAGUUUUUGGUUCUUCGCCAUGAUUAGUAUUUCUGGAGUGUUUGCGGUCACUUUUAGCGUAGUUUUUGCCUACGUAGCCGAUGUCACCGAUGAAAAGGAGCGCUCCUUGGCUUACGGCUUGGUUAGUGCUACUUUCGCGGCUAGUAUGGUUAUCUCGCCGGCUUUGGGGGCUUAUUUAAUGGAACGGUGGUCGAUGACGGUUGUAGUCGCUUUGGCUACUGCUAUUGCAAUAUUGGAUGUAUUUUUUAUUUUAGUCGCUGUACCUGAAAGUUUACCCGAAAAGGUUCGUGUCUCUCCAAUUAGUUGGGAACAAGCUGAUCCUUUCGCUUCGUUAAGAAACGUCGGCCAAGACCCAACGAUUUUGUUGUUGUGUAUCGCCGUUUUUCUCUCCUAUUUACCGGAAGCGGGGCAAUAUAGUUGCAUAUUCGUCUAUUUGAAACUAGUGAUGGGUUGGCGAUCGUCGACCGUUGCCGUUUUUGUGGGUCUUGUCGGACUUCUUGCCGUAUUAACACAAGUUUGCCUAGGAAUACUUAUGAAAAAUCUCGGUUGUAAACACACGAUAAUGUUAGGUUUACUAUUCGAAAUGUUGCAAUUGUUGUGGUACGGUUUUGGAACGACCACGUGGAUGAUGUGGGCGGCGGGAGUUUUAGCCUCGAUGAGUUCGAUCACGUAUCCGGCGAUAUCGGCGUUCGUCUCGAUACACAGCACGCCGGACCGACAAGGAGUCGUACAGGGGAUGGUGACGGGAAUGCGAGGGUUAUGUAACGGCUUAGGACCCGCAAUGUUCGGGUUAAUCUUUUACAUUUUCCACGUGGAUCUCAACGAAGAAAACGACGUCAAAACAACCAGCCCGACCGAUAUCAAAUUUGAGUCGUAUUCACAGUUGGUUCCGGGUCCGCCGUUUGUAUUUGGUGCGUUCCUAGUCAUUUGUGCGUUGCUUGUAGCGUCGUUUAUACCGACGAAGCACACGCCUGAUUCAGGUAUUCCUUUAGAUACUAUGUACGAGAUCGAAAAGGGGCACAAAGUGGCCGGAACUUUAAGUCCGUUAAUACCGAACAGUCGGCUAGAGAAUGCGGCCGUUUUGUAAUAAUAAUAGUAAUUAAUAAUAAUAAUCGUCGUAAUUUUUGGGGAACGGAUUAUGAUGAGAUGAUGUGACAGUUGACGUUUGACAGUUGACAUUUUUUUAAUUGAAUUUUUUUAACAAACCGGAAAAGUAAUCAACGAGUUUGAAUUUGAAAGAGAGGUGCGUAUUAAUUAUUAUUAUUAUUUUCUGUUCCGCGGUAUUAUUGUGAUAAGUGUAAAGAAUAUUUCCGUAGGAUGUAUUUAUUUUUGUAUAGUUGGUAAGGCGUCGUCGGUGAUUCCUCUUUUUUUUGAUUUUUUUCCUUUUUACUCGUCUUAUUGCUUGGUUUUUACGAUAAACUCAAGGUCACCUACGUUUUAAAGAUACAAAGGAUUCAAAAUAAAGAAGUUUUAGUGUACUUAAAAAGAAUUAUAAAACGAAAAUGUCAAUUUUAAAUGAUUUUUUUUAUUUUUUAAAUAAUUUUUUUGAAGAAAAAUGUUCCGCAAAGCGAUUAUUCCUGCCUAAAUAAACGUAAUUAAGUGCACACAAUAAGUAUUUAAAAUUAAAAAAAAAAAUAAAGGGUCAACUUAACAAAAAAAAAUUACUAAGAAUUUUUUAAAACGUCACAUUUACAAUAAUUCGAUCACGACGUGACUCUAAACGUUUAAUGAAAAAGAAAGAAUCGAUUAAUUAAUGAAAUAACGUUUAAAAUUAAUCGUCUAUAAAAAAAAAUCGUUAAUAAACAAAUUAAGUACUUUACACAAAGCACAUUUGCGAGGAAAAAAAUCACUAAAUCAAAUUAAACCAAGAAUUAAAACCAAAAAAAUAAUGCUUUGCUCCCUAAAUUUCUUUGCACACACGUUAAAAAGAGAUUUUUUCGUUUUUAGACGUUUUUAUAACCUAAAAAAAUAAAAAAAAACGCGUGUGUAGAGUUGUUCUCAAUUAGGGUGGGCUUUAGAAACAAAAAAGCUAAAAAAGGAUACAAAGUAGGCCUUAAAAAGAAGUAUUUUCUAUUUUCUACCUUUAAUUCUUGUUGAAAUAGAGUGUUUUUUUUGAAUGCAUUUCCGGGGGGCUCCGCACAAAUAAAAAAAAAUAUUUCGUUUUUUAAACCGGUCUCUAAACAAUGUUUUUAUUUGUUAUUUAUUCGGGAUAAAUAAUAAUCAAUUAUUAAUUAUAAUUAAUGUACAAAGUACGCGUUAAAAGUGUUAAGAGAAAACGGGUCAGCCGGUUUUAAACGAUUUAUUUUAUUAAAAUCCUUUUUGGAUCGCUACACUAAUUCCAAUCGUUCCCUAUCGUUUUUUUUUCUCCUUGGAUUUUCGAUUUCCCAAGUCCCCAAAUCCAAUUAAUUGAUAAAACACUUGUUUUUUUCGCCCAUAAUUAGUUUGUAAGCGUAGACGAUGUAAUGUUACAAGUUGCAGAUGAGAUAAUGUAUAUUAAGAGGAAACAUAAAUGUUUAUUUAAAUUAAAA